AUGCAGCGCCGCAGCUUUUCUUGUCUUUCUUUGUUUCCUUCUUUUUUAAUUUUUAGUUCAUUUUAUUUUAAUCUUUUUCUUUUUCUUUUUGCCGACGCGAGUCUUUCCCCGGCUAGUCCGCUUUCGCCGAAGCCGAGGGGCCCCGUCGAGUUUCCCGCUGCUGCUGCUGCUGCUGCUGCAGCUGCCUUGGCGCCUGCGCCAGCAGCAGCAGCAGCAGCAGCAGAGGGCGGAGACGCAGCGCGUCUGUGGGAAGCAGCAGCCCCCCUAUCGGGAGCAGCAGCAGGAGCCGCUGCGGCGCAUCCGCCGCAGCCGGGGUCGCCAGCAGCAGCAGCAGCAGCAGCAGCAGCAGCAGCGCCGUCGGCAGCAGCAGCAGCAGCAGCAGCAGCAGACUCCGGGAGCCUGGCGUGGUUCGAACGCGUGUCGCUGAGCUGCAGCGAGGGGAACCCGGAGUUUGAGCGGAUGUCGCAGGUGUGUCUGUCGGAGGCGCCUGCUGCAGCAGCAGCAGCAGCAGCAGCAGCAGCAGCAGGUGUGGGGCCCCACAGCGUGUCCGCGGGCGAGUUCCAACGCAUGUGCCUGCUGGCAGCAGAACACCUGGGCUGCCUCUACCGCAGACUGGCUGUGGACUAUUUGCUGCUGGCCCCGCUCUCUCCCGAAGAACUUGCUGCUGCUGUUGCAGAAGGACUUAGUGAGAUUUUGGAAGAAGAGGAUUCUGUUGCAGACUUGGUUAUUUCCAAAAGACUUCCUCACGGGGCUCUUCCUGUGCAUUCUCUCAAACAAGCAGUUUUAAAUAAACUCCAAAAACUCAACAAAAUCCAAAAAAGAAACGCCCACAUGACGCUGCACUACUGCAUGCAAAGCCCCACGCUGCAGCAGCAGCAGCAAAUGGCGCAGCUGCUGCUGCCGCUGCUGAACGCCCACCGCAGCAGACUCCGUCUCAGUGCAGAAAAGGGAAUUCCAAUCCUCGCUCCUGACGAACACAUUUUAAUUUGGUUUUUCAUGGAGAUCUUCGCGAGAGAAAACAAACUCGUCGGAAAAGAAAGACCCCUCAACCUCUGGCGCUUUCCAGAACCCGCCGGGGCCCUCAACAUCCUCGACUAG